CAACAACCCGGCGCUACCGCAGACGUCACCACAAGAAGCACACCGAGCCACAAAUCACAAAUCACAAUCACAAAUCAUAUCACAAGCCGCAAAGCACACAGCAUAUGUCGCAGCCCAACGGGAGCCGCCAUGCGGCGGAGGCCGGCAGCCAGAUUGAUUCGUCUGGCUCCCACCUCAUCCAAAUCAAUGAUCGGGUCUUUGGCAACCAGUCCAAGGACGAGGCCCGGAAACUGAAGCGGCGCUAUCGGGAUAUGCUUUCGCAGGCCGAGGAUCCCGAAUAUCGCCACAAGCUCAUGGAUCCCAGCAACAAGACGCUCGACGAGGUUAUGGAUGGACAGUCCGAACUGUUUUCGCAAGUUCAAUCAACAAACGAAGCUGUGCUUGACUCCAAACUGCUCGUGAUGACCACGGGCUUUGGGCUGGAGCGAGUCAAGAAGAUCCGAGUCGACGGCGCUGGCUUUGACAUCAAUCAGCUGAUCCGAUCCAUCGGAACACGGCUGUACGGCCACUUUGAGAACGACGGCCAAGUGCAGAACGAUUUGACCAAGGGGCUCAAGGACAUGGAGCGGAUCACUGCCCGUCAUCUCGCCAAGGCACCGACCGUGGGCUUCAUGUUUGGGCCGCUGACGAUCGAGGAGAAAGUGCGCGCCGUGCCAAAGCGGUCGGCCAAGCUUGUCAAAGACCAGCGAGACCUGGUGAAGCCGCAGGAGCUUCGAGAACAAGAUAUCCAGCGACACGACCACGGCACAACCGGAAUGGUAUCGAUGAUUGCUGCGAAGCUACACGAAUGCGGGCGCAUCAACGUGUUCCGGUUCAUCAUCAACCCGGACUCGUUCUCGCAAUCGGUCGAGAAUCUGUUUUACCUGUCGUUUCUGAUCCGCGACGGCCGAGCAAGCAUCUUUGACGACGAGGAGACUGGCGAGCCCAUGCUGCAGACAGAGCGGCCACCGACACAGGAGAACUACGACGAUGGACUGACCAAGAAGCAGCUGAUUCUGCAGUUCGACCAGGACACUUGGGAUACGCUCAAGGAGGUGUACGACAUCCGCCCGCCAUCGAUAUUGCCGACGCGUGAGUCGACUGUGGACGCAGCCUCGACCGGCAAGUGGUAUGGCUGACACGCAAGGCGGCAACACGGCCACGGCGAAGGUGCCUUUGCGCAACAGCAGACAACAAGCGCAAUGAAGCGGGUCGUGCUGUUUUUUGAAGGCAUUGGUGCCUCUGUUGCAGAUCCAGAAUCACAUUACAUUGCAC